AUGCAGACCAUCAUACGCCAGCGCCUCGACAUGUCGCUCGUGGAGUUCCUUCAACAUCGUUGGAUGCACAAUGGUCAGAACAUCAAGCCCGAGAUCCAAUGGUCGCAGCUUCGUGCCCAAUGGGCCCCGGGCUUUGAAGCGGUCUUGCAGAACGGUCUUGACAAUGGUCUUUUGGAUAUGAAUGAAGACCUGGAACAGAUGCUUUUUCGGCGUUUGGCCAUCCCAUGGCUACAAGACGAGCUCGAUCGUUGGGUAGAUCAGAAGAACUCGACCGCUCGACGCGCCAACAAGUACAAGGUCCUCCCUCACGGUAUUCCCGAUCUGAUUUUUGAUUCGCCUGAAGACUAUGGGGCGACGGACUUCAAGAUUCCUGUAAGCCCCGAGCUCUUCGGUGAGAUGCGUGCCAAGUUCUGCCCCCCCGAUCGGGCUGUAGUUGUCAAAAUACUAACCAUCUGGUGGUUAUAA